CUCGAGGUCAGAGGCUCCGGCAGGCGAUGGCGGACGAGAGGGCGGGGACUCCGGAAGCCGCGGCGCGCCCGCCGCCCGGCCCUGCCCGGGAGGGGGACACGCACACGGCCCCCGCGGCCCGGGCCAGAGAAGCUGGGGGGCGCAGGUCCCUCCACCCCGCAGCGGGCCCCGGGACCGCCCUCCUUUGCCCCGGGCGCGGGGAAGCAGCCUCCGCGGCGACUACUCCCAGCCUGGAAAAUGGCCGGGUCCGGGACGAAGCCCCAGAAACUUGUGGUUCAGAGGGGCUAGGGGCUCGGGCGGGAGCCGGCGAGAAGGCCGAGGACGCGACCAUGGAGGAGGGCGCCAUCUUCCAGGAGGAGCCAGCGGAGGAGGUGGAGAAGCAGCAGAAGCUGGUGGGGGAGGAGAAGCAGGAGGUGGGAGCGGAAGCCCAGGAGGGCCCGGGGCUCCUGAACCUUGGUGCCCUAAUUGUGGACCCACUGGAGGCCGUGAGCGCCCAGGCCGACAGGGCCUACCCCCGCCUCGAGCGCAGGUUUUGGCGGAUGCACAGGUUGCACCUUGCCUGUAGGAGCUUCAUCAUCCAGAAUAUUCCGGGCUUCUGGGUCACCGCCUUCCUGAACCACCCGCAGCUGUCAGCCAUGAUCAGCCUUCGAGAUGAAGACAUGCUCUGCUACCUGAUGAAUUUGGAGGUGAGGGAGCUCAGGCACUCCAGGACAGGUUGCAAAUUCAAGUUCCUCUUUUGGAGCAACCCCUACUUCCAGAACAAGGUGAUAAUGAAGGAGUAUGAAUGCAGAGCCUCAGGCCGAGUGGUGUCUAUUGCGACUCGCAUCCGAUGGCACCGCGGCCAGGAACCCCCGGCCCUCGUACACAGGAACCGGGACACUGUCCGAAGCUUCUUCAGCUGGUUUUCACAGCACAGCCUCCCAGAGGCCGACAGGGUUGCCCAGAUUAUUAAAGAUGACCUGUGGCCCAACCCCCUGCAGUACUACCUGCUGGGGGAUAGGCCCUGCAGAGCCAGGGGAGGCCUUGCAAGGUGGCCCACGGAGGCCCCUUCUAGGCCCUACGGGUUCCAGUCUGGCUAAGUGCUGCCUUGGGAUGUGGGGCCUACGUAAGGCUCCCUCGUGCCUCCUGUGUGUGGUGGAUCCGGGCUCAGGCCCGUGGUGAGCGCUCUGCUGUCUGCUGUGUGUUCUGUGCACUCCGGCUCUGCAUGUUCGGUGGACUCAGCUCUCAGAUUGUGGCCCUCGUGGCCAGUCUCUACUGUUUCCAUAUGGCCUCAUGCUGUUCUGUGUUAACAUCACGUGGCUGUCACAUGCUGCUACGUCUACACUAAGCACCCAGUGCCGUGGAUGUGCACUGCCAUAAUCUUUAUGGCGUGGACCUGUGACCAUGGCCAUCCCAGCCAAUUUUGACGAGGGCACCCACAAGUCACUACUUGGAGGACGGUGCCUCUUUGAGGCCUGUGCUUCAGGACUCCAGCCUGCUGGCCUUCACGUGCGUGCUGGUCGUGCUCACAGUAGCUCUACACCUGGGCUGUGGCAAGCUGAGUGUCAUCACCCAAGAUGAAGUGGGUUCAUUUGGUGCCGGGUGCCACCCAGACUUGGACAUUCCAAGCCUCAAGACCACAGACUACCACCAAGUGGACUCUUGGGUAUCUGGCAGGAUGAGUACACAGCUGGCUGCUGGGCAUGGGUGAGGUCAAGGGCAUGAAGCAGUGGACAGCACAUUCUUUGUGAUCAUACUGCUCCUCCUGCCCCACGGUGGUCUGACAUCACAGCCUGCUACUAGCUUGUGAGGGUCUGUGCCAUGCCCCAGCAAUGCCUGGCCAUCUCCUUUCCCAUGAGUUUUGCCCAGGCAACCAUCAGCCCUGUUGCUCACUCCCAGGUCUACAGGAACCUCCAUAGCUGCUUGUGGACCCAGGUGGGCCACCUGCCAAUGCACAGGAGAGCCCCUAAUCCCCAGGAACUCUGCCAAACUGGCCUAUCUGGGCAUGUGAGUGAGGCAGGGGCAAGGACAGGAUCCCCUCCUGAGCCCCAGUUACUGGACCCCACAGAAUCCAGGUGCUCUGCCAGCCCCCCUGCCUCUACCUGUUAGGCUGCCAGGCUGUGGGUGCUGGAGAGGGGGGUCUUCCUGGUCCUGGGGCCUGUCCAUACCCAGAUCUCACACCAUUUUUUUCUUUAAAUGAUGGCUUAGAAACAAAAAAUAACAACUGAAGAAAAAGAUUUUUUCUUAAACUCAACAAGAAAGACUUUCGUGUUGAGUUUGCCUCUCUUCAUCUCCAGAGAGGGAGGGCUUGCCCUGUAGACCGCCAGCAUUCUCUCUUCCCCCAUACCUUAUCCUCUUUAGCAAGGCCUAGAAUCUUCUAAAGGGGACAGCCCAAGGCUGCUGAACAGAGAGACCAGGAAGUCCCCAGGGCAGGGAUAGUUAAUAUUGCAUUUUAUGCUGUUUUCUUUUAGACUAACCCUAACUCUUUCUUACCCUUCCACCAAGUCCAAACCCCUCUAGGUACAAGAGCUAAGCUGCCUACCCCCUCCUCCCCCUGCUUGCAGAGCUGUCUGUCUCCAUUUCAUUUUAGGGGAAGGGGUGGUGGUGACCAUACCCAGGCCCCUUCCCACGGAAGGCCUUAUCUUCUGUUCCCUAGGACCUGGGGAGGCCUUAUCACAAAAUAAUGUGGAGGGUGCUUUUGGCAGGGAAGUACAAAAGGAGGCAGAGCCAGUUGAAAAGACAGGAUGACUGAGAGAUGGUGGAAGGAGGAGAGCCCUUGAUUUUGGUUAAUAAAUAGAGACAGGGUCUCACUAUGUUGCCCAGGCUGGUCUUGAACUCCUGGGCUCAAGCAAUCUGCCCACCUUUGCCUCCCAAAGUGCUGAAAUUACAGGUGUGAACCACUGUGCCUGUCCGAUUUUUUUUUUGCUUCAAGACAGGGUCUCACUCUGUUGCCCAGGCUGGAGUGCAGUGAUGCAAUCAUAGCCUCGAACUCCUGGGCUCAAGUAAUUCUCCCAUGUCAGCCUCCCAAGUAGCUGGGACUACAGGUGUAUGCCACCAUGCCCAGCUUUAAAAAAAAUUUUUUUUGUAGAGACAGGGGUCUUGCUUUGUUGCCCAGGAUAGUCUUAACUCCCGGGCUCAAGGGAUCCUCCCACCUUGGCCUCCCAAAGUGCUGGGAUUACAAGUGUGAGCCACCGUGCCCAGCCCUUGCUAACAUUUUUGAUUCACCAAUACGUUUUGUAAACUAGAAGAAUAACAGAACACUGCAACUUGAAAGCUUUUCUCUCUUGGUCUGACCUUGUGUGUGUAGAAAGUUAAUGUUGUAAGCUUUUCUUCUGCUGCUUUUAAGUAAGACCCUAUGCAUCCCCUCCUGUGUUUCAGCCCAUUGGGGCAUUAUGCUGUAAAGGCCUGCUUGUUGCUUUUAGUUGAGAACUUUUGCAAGAUUGUCAGUGUACAUUUUUUACGCCACUUGGGAACUUAUGUGACUAUUCACAAUUGUUGUCAGGUUGUUGGGGCCUUUACCAUAACCUUGUACUUAGAAGCAGAGUUCCGGUUUUGUUGGACUUCAGACUGGAAGCUGUGACCAUGUUCUGUAAGGAUAACCUCCAGAAAGAAUUCUGUGACCCUGAUGGUCCUGAUGAUCUUGUGCCAGGUUGUAAUUGACAUCACUGUAACUGACAACACUUCUUUUAAGCAGAGAAAUAUUCCUGAGGUGGCUUUGUCCAGUCACAAGGGGAUCUGUGACACUUUUGUUUUCUAUAUGCAUGAUAAAAAAUAAAAAAUUGCCUGUCUGGGG